AUGCUCCAAUUACCUGCAGUCCUUAGUCAAGUGAGGCCAGUGUCCCGGGUACUGGCUCCUUACUUCACUCUGGCUUAUGCCAAAGAUGUAAAAUUUGGUGCAGACGCCUGAGCCCUAAUGCUUCAAGGUGUAGAUCUUUUAGCCGAUGCUAUAGCCGUUACCAUGGGGCCAAAGGGAAGAACAGUGAUUAUUGAGCAGAGUUGGGGAAGUCCUAAAGUAACAAAAGACGGUGUCACAGUUGCCAAAUCAAUUGACUUAAAGGAUAAAUACAAGAAUAUUGGGGCCAAACUUGUCCAAGAUGUUGCCAAUAACACCAAUGAAGAGGCCGGCGAUGGUACCACCACGGCCACUGUACUGGCAUGCUCUAUCGCCAAGGAAGGCUUUGAGAAGAUUAGCAAUGGUGCUAAUCCAGUGGAAAUCAGAAGAGGCGUGAUGGUAGCUGUUGAUGCUGUAAUUGCUGAGCUUACGAAGCAAUCUAAAUCUGUGACAACACCUGAAGAAAUUGCUCAGGUAGCUACAAUUUCUGCAAAUGGAGACAAAGAAAUUGGCACCAUCAUUUCUGAUGCAAUGAAAAAGGUUGGAAGAAAGGGUGUCAUCACUGUAAAGGAUGGAAAAACAUCGAAUGAUGAAUUAGAAAUUAUUGCAGGAAUAAAAUUUGACCGAGGUUAUAUCUAUUCAUACUUUAUUAAUACAGUCAAAGGUCAAAAACGUGAAUUCCAGGAUGCCUAUGUUCUAUUAAGUGAAAAGAAAAUUUCUAGCAUCCAGUCCAUUGCACCUGCUUUUGAAAUUGCCAAUGCUCACUGUAAGCCUUUGGUCAUAAUUGCUGAAGAUGUUGAUGGAGAAGCUCUAAGCACCCUCAUUUUGAAUAGGCUAAAAGUUGGUCUUCAGGCUGUAGCAGUCAAAGCUCCAGGUUUUGGUGACAAUAGAAAGAACCAGCUUAAGGACAUGGCAAUUGCUACUGGUGGUGCAGUAUUUGGAGAAGAGGGUUUUGACCUUGAAUCUUGAAGAUGUUCAGCCUUAGGAAAAGUUGGAGAGGUCAUUGUGACCAAAGAUGAUGCCAUGCUCUUGAAAGGAAAAGGUGACAAAGCUCAAAUUGAAAAGUGUAUUCAAGAAAUCAUUGAGCAGUUGGACAUCACAACUAGUGAAUAUGAAAAGGAAAAACUGAAUGAACGUCUGGCAAAACUUUCAGAUGGAGCAGCUGUGCUAAAGGUUGGUGGGACGAGUGAUGUGGAAGUGACUGAGAAGAAAGACAGAGUUUCUGAUGCCCUCAAUGCAACACGAGCUGCUGUUGAAGAAGGCAUUGUUCUUGGAGGUGGCUGUGCUCUGCUUCGGUGCAUUCCGGUCUUGAACUCAUUAACUCCAGCAAAUGAAGAUAAAAAAAUUGGUAUUGAGAUUAUUAAAAGAACACUCAAAAUUCCUACAAUGAACAUUGCUAAGAAUGCAGGUGUUGAAGGAUCAUUGAUAGUUGAGAAAAUUCUGCAGAGUUCCUCAGACUAUGAUGCUAUGAUUGGAGAUUUUGUGAAUAUGGUAGAAAAAGGAAUCAUUGAUCCAACCAAGGUUGUAAGAACUGCGUUGUUGGACGCUGCCGGAGUGGCCUCUCUGCUGACCACAGCAGAAGUUGUAGUCACAGAAAUCCCUAAAGAAGAGAAGGACCCUGGCAUGGGUGGGAUGGGUGGAAUGGGAGGGGGCAUGGGAGGCAUGGGAGGUGGCAUGUUCUAA